GGAGGCAGAGUAGGGGCGGGUCUUCUUCCAUCACCGGUGGGAAAUAACCACCUCUCUGACAGUCAGAAACAUGGCAUUACGGGAGCUGUCGUCGCUGGAGAAGUAUUUAGAGCUUAAAAAGCCGAACAAGUACAGUACUCAGGGGGAUAAAAAGGUACCUGUGCUACAGAAUAACAAUGGUGCUCCUCUGGUGGGGCUGGUGACGAUCGCCCGUCACCUGGUCAAAGAGGCCAAGCGCACAGAGCUGCUGGGCGACUCCGCCGAGAGCAGGGCCGUGGUGCAUCAGUGGCUGGAGUACCGAGUCACCAGGCUGAACGGCUGCACGAAGGACGACAUCAAGACCAUCCUGAAGGAACUCAACCUCUACCUGCAGGACAAGUCCUACCUGGCCGAAAACCAGUUGACCUUAGCCGAUAUUCUCAUGUACUACGGAAUCCAACCGCUCAUAGUGGACUUGGCCGUCCAGGAGAAGGAGCAGUAUGUGAACGUGACGCGGUGGUUCGACCACAUGCAGCACUACCCCGGCGUGCGGCGCCACCUUCCCCCCGUAGUCGUGCUCCGGAACAGAAUUUACACCGGCAGGCACCACUGAGACCCGAUCAGACCCAGUUCAGCCCGACUCAACGCAACUCCCCUGUCCUUCUGGACCGGAACCAACGCAGAUUGUUUUCAAAUAAUUUGAUCGAGUGAAUUGCACGAUCAUCACCGUUUCCACACUUUCAAAGACCUUUUUAUUACUUUUCUUUCGAUUAUAAUUCCUGCCUUUAUGUUUGUCAAAACACGUCAAAACCAAUUAAAUCAGGGAAGAACAACUGAAUAAACUGUUUAGUGUUUGAGGUACAAAAAUUCUAUUAAGGAAAUUCUUGCUUAUACAAAUGUAGUUCAGUUCAUAUUCUUUGAAUAAGCCAGUGUUUUCAAUGAUAUAAUUACAGUUAGAAGUGAAAACAAGAAGGUUACUUGUCAUCUUGCCCUCUCACAUAUUUAAUCACAUUAACACUAUUUAUAAGAAGAUUGGUGUUUUAACCCUUCUCGUGUGGGCGCAAUGAUGUUUGACAGUUACGCGGUUGUUAUGAGGGGGGGUUGAUCUUUGGAAUUCUAUGGGUGUAUGUUUGUAGGAAGGCUGUACGAGCUGUGCUGUGAAGUGAAAAGCAAGUGAUGCAAGCUUGUUAGAAAGGUGUUUUCUUAUUUAUAAAUGGUGGUUGAAUAGUAAAACUUGUGCAUCUGAGCCUUUAACAUGCGAUAAUAAGUAUUAUAGGUUCAGAGAGGACCACAAUACCUAAAGCGUCUCUCUGCCCCUGAUGAAUCUAGUGUCUCAGCUUUCAUCCCCAACAGGACUGUGCCUGUCACAUCCAACUCUCAGCCACUUCACUGGACAGUUUAGUUUCUCCGUUUGUGUGUGUGUGUGUGUUCCUGAUUACAUCCCGCGCUCUGCUCCGCUCUCUCACCAGUUGUGUGUGGGCAGCAGUGAGCAGUUGAGCGUCAGCCGCGGAGUCAGAGAUCAGAGUGAGGCUCCCAAUCAGUCCCACUACCACCACUGUUGAUGCUGCAGGCCAGAGCGAGGGCAGCGGGCUUACCAGCUGCCACACAGAUCCAGCCAACCAGGGCCAGAACGCAGGCCCCUGGGCGACAGUCAGCCACUGUGUGUCAUUUCAACCCUUGCGCUCCCACAGGGAUACUAGGAGAGAGGAAGCGGGAGGGGGGGAGAGAGAGAGAGAGCACCCAGAGGCAGAGAGAUCUUUUUGUGACAUGUGAACAAUGACCCCUGCCUCCGAAAGCCUUACUGCUGCUGGCUGGAUGUUUGCCGUUAGAAUCAUUAACAGGCCAAGACGUGGCAGUGGCAGGAGAACCUGUAUAUUAACAUUGUGAAGGUGCUUGUGACAGAACAGUAGGAAAGUGAUUAAUGAUUAGUUGAAUAACUUAUUCAUCCCAUUUGCGUUUGCAGGUGUAUCAAACCCUUAACAGAAAUACUUGAAUAGACUAAAAUCAUUGAGCACAAAAAUUGACACGAUGGUCAAAUUUUGUCUGUGUGAUGUUUUUUGGGGGUCUUUGCAUUAAUGUUACUUUUUCUAAACCGUCUUACUCUGUUUAGAUAUUUUUUUUUUAUUUCCUCCAUGCAAACGGGCUCAACAUAUCUUUGUGUCUUUUGCUCACAGCCACAGUGAUUAAUGGUCUGAUGUACGAUAACAAUAAAUCAAAGGGAUACGCAGCUCAUGA